UCGCAGGAUUACCUACGAGCCAGUUCCGAGACCCAGUACUGGAGCACGCGUUCGCGAUUGGCUUUGUAUCCGUCCCAUGCGUCCUAAUUCGAUUCGUCUGUGUCGUGCACUGAAGGCCAACUGCGGUGCUGUGCUUACCACAUCGACUGGAUGGCAUUCAGUCGACCGCCAAGCACAGAAAAGCAAGCGCACUCACGACCAAACGUGGGAUAAUCCAGCUGGCUGAAGACUAUCUGCUGACUGUUCCGAGCAUCAGCCAGUCGAGCGAGCAGGUGAGAUGGGUUGAGGCGUACCCUACAAUGCGCCAGACAGCGCCCCGGGUUUGGGAUUCACUCAAUGUAUGAAAGAACCCUGGUUUCGUAAGAGGAUGCGGUCCGAGUUCAGGCCAGAC